CAAAACAGCUCCUUCCUUCCUGCUCCCGUCCAUGCUGUGAACAGCUGAUGCGGAGUUUCUUUCCCUCACAAGCAGUUGUAAAAAAUAUAAAUAUAUUAUCCCAACUUUCCAAGAAUAAAAUUGGAGAUGACGAAAGAAGAAGCAAACGGUGCAAUGGAGGAGGAGCAGCAGGCUCAGUCAAAGAAAGCCCUAAAGAAACAGCAGAAAGAAGCAGAGAAAGCUGCUAAGAAGGCUGAGAAACAGGCCAAACUGGCAGCUGAACAGCAAAGUGCAGAUGAAGAUGACUUUGCCAAGGACCGAUAUGGGGUGUCAGCUAUGGUGCAAUCGCAGCAAAAACUUGACAGGACAUUGGUCCGAGUCCAAGACCUUACUCCGCAGAAAGUUGACCAGCUGAUCUGGUUGCGUGCCCGGGUCCACACCAGCCGAGCCAAAGGGAAGCAGUGCUUCUUGGUCCUGCGUCAGCAGCAGUUCAACGUGCAGGCGCUGGUCGCAGUGGGAGAUCGUGCCAGCAAGCAGAUGGUCAAGUUUGCCGCAAACAUCACAAAGGAGAGCAUUGUGGAUGUGGAGGCCAUGGUGAGGAAAGUGGAGCAGAAGAUCGAGAGCUGUUCACAGCAGGACGUGGAGCUCCACAUCGAGAGGAUUUUUGUCAUCAGCCAGGCAGAGCCUCGUCUCCCCCUGCAGCUGGAGGACGCAGUCAGGCCGGAUGGAGAUGGGGAGGAGGAAGGAAGAGCCACUGUUAACCAGGAUACCAGGCUGGACAACAGGGUGAUUGAUCUCAGGACCACCACCAGCCAGGCCAUCUUCCGCCUGCAGUCAGGAGUCUGCCAGCUCUUCAGAGACACCCUCACCAAAAAGGGCUUUGUGGAGAUCCAGACCCCCAAAAUAAUAUCUGCUGCCAGCGAAGGUGGAGCGAACGUCUUCACGGUGUCUUACUUCAAGUCCAGCGCCUACCUGGCCCAGUCCCCUCAGCUCUACAAGCAGAUGUGCAUCUGUGCUGACUUUGACAAGGUCUUCUGCGUCGGCCCUGUUUUCAGGGCAGAGGACUCCAACACUCACCGUCACCUGACUGAGUUUGUGGGUCUGGAUAUUGAGAUGGCCUUCAGCUACCACUACCACGAAGUGAUUGACUCCAUCACUGACACCAUGGUGCAGAUAUUCAAGGGCCUCAGAGACAACUUCCAGACUGAGAUUCAGACGGUGAACAAGCAGUUCCCCAGCGAGCCGUUUAAAUUCCUGGAGCCCACUCUGCGGCUUGAAUACACGGAGGCCUUGGCCAUGCUGCGCGAGGCCGGAGUGGAGAUAGGAGACGAAGACGACCUGAGCACUCCUAAUGAGAAGCUGCUGGGUCGUCUUGUCAAGGAAAAGUAUGACACUGACUUUUAUGUGCUGGACAAAUACCCACUGGCUGUUAGACCUUUUUACACAAUGCCAGAUCCAAACAACCCUAAAUACUCCAACUCUUAUGACAUGUUCAUGAGAGGAGAGGAGAUCCUGUCUGGGGCUCAGAGAGUCCACGACCCUCAGCUGCUGACCGAAAGGGCCCUGCAUCACCAGAUUGAUCUGGAGAAGAUAAAGUCGUACAUCGACUCAUUCCGAUAUGGAGCUCCCCCACAUGGUGGUGGAGGGAUUGGUCUGGAGAGAGUCUGCAUGCUGUACCUGGGUCUCCACAACGUGCGUCAGACCUCCAUGUUCCCGCGUGACCCCAAACGUCUCACACCCUGAGUACAGAGGAAUCUCACCUCAACCGGACUCAAAGCUGUAGGUGACGGAGAUUACAACUAAUCUACAAUCCAGAAAGGGGGGAAUGAGUGGGAUAUAACUCCACCCCCUGUUUCUAACAGGCUGAUAGAAGUUCAUCACUAAGAAGAAUCAAGCAGUUGUAAUAGAAGGUACUUUAUUGAUUUGUGUGCACAGUUUUCUAACAACUAAAAACAGACGCGUUGAAGUGGGAAGGAAUGGGCCAGAACACUCCCAGAGGAGGCUGCACACGUUUAAUUAGUCUUCUAAUUAACAAAGGUUUUCUAAGGGUUAAUUAUGUGGAUUAAACAACUGGAACACAAAUCAGAGUCCUUUGUAUUACCAGCACAAACAUUACAUAUAAAGAUUGUGGUUUUCAACAGUUUGCCUGUAACUAAAUGUGUUUUAUAAGUAAUUAAUGAGAAAUAAAAAUGGCUAAUGAA